UUGUUCAUUACCUGAGAUGUUUUUUGGUUCAUCAUUGUUAUUGUUAUUAUUAUUUAAUGAUCACCGAAGAUUUUUGAACGCGCAUUUAAAUUCAGACAACGAGUGACUAAUAUUUAAAUAUCUGAAUGACACAUUUGGUACGCGCACGGACCAUUUUUUUUGUAACACCAGCAGCACUUGUGAUAAAGUCGGUGUUGAUGCUAAACAAGACUAUUGAUGUUAUAUUGUGUAGAUGUAUGUACACCAUGACUGGUCGUGUGCGUGUGGCUACCAUAACACUGGCCAUCAUCACUCAUGUGUGGGUACUCAACCUGAUUCUGUGUACAUCUCUCCACAACAAACAAAGUGCAAGAGGGAAGAAGUCUUAUAUCGAGCCUCGACUAUUGGUGAGUGGGAGUCCCUCUGUUGAGGCUCCUGCUGUGGUGGUGGUGUGCAAGGCCCACAACAGCAGCAGUAAUAAUCCUGCACAAGACGCAGCCACUGGCCAGGGAUCACUGCUUCUGCGGGAGUCUUGGACGAGGCAGCUGGAGCAGCUCGACUUAAUGCUCAAGACGCUUCUCUACUUCAGUAAGUCUGACAAAUGGCGCAUCAUUGUCAUGACAGACACUGUAAGCACGUUCAACGAAGUGGUAAAACUCACACACACUUUCCCAGAGAGACACAGACAACGACUUGAGUUGCAACAUGAAAAAGUUUGGUUUCCAGACAAGUAUCCGGGAAUAAAGGAGCACUGGAGACCGUGUGUGUGGGCUAAACAGUUUCUGGCUGAGGCUCUGCCUCAUGAAGACUCAGUUGUAUAUUUUGACACUGAUGUGGUAUUUCUGGGUCCCGCUGAAGAAGUGUGGUCUUUGUUAAGAUCGAUGAAGACUGGUCAAGCAGUCUCUCUUGCUCCUGAACCACAGUACAUCCUGGAUAAUCCCAAACGGCCGUACGCGGGCCGUGCAGGACUUAAUACAGGCGUCAUAAUUGCUAACCUGACGCGGCUGCGACAGCUGCCUGGUGGCGGCCUGGGCAGUGCCAUCCUAAGGGAGGGCAGCUUUUAUCCAUUACCACGACACGAUCAAGACGCUCUCAACCACUUCUUGAUGAACAAGCCUCACCUGGUGCAGGAAGUGACGUCCCGCUGGAACUUUGCUCCGUCUUCCUGCUUCAGCAGCGCCCCCUCCUGCCCUGACUGUGUCUCUGCUGGCAUCCUCGUCCUCCACGGCGCCGACGCAACUUUCUACAGACACAUUGACAGGAAAUUCUUAGUGGUGUACCACAGCAUGAGAAGUCUCCGUCUAGAUGGUGAUUCUCAACCUGUGCUGGCGCAGCUGGAGUUGCAGCUGGCCCUGGUGGAUGCUUUGAGGAGCAAGUUUCCCUGCAGCAACUAUAGUAACUUGAAUCACGCCCUCACACUUGGCCUCAAGGAUGCUGCCACCCUCAAGGUCCAGCCUCUGCCACAGCAUUGAAAUACCUAGAGACAGCCCACUACAGGUCUCCAACAUUCGCGUUUUCCACUUUUGCGGGCUUCGAACAUUCGCGAAUUCCCAGCCGCCCAAUCAUAUUUAAAGUGUGUCAUUACAUAUGUUAGGAAUUGUACGUUAAAGUACCCCAGGAACACCUGCCAGGCUGAAGAGUGAGCUUGUAAAAAAAAAAGCUAAAGACUGAGUCUAAAAAUUAUUAAGAUAAUUAAUAUUAUUAAAAAUUACUAAUACCUGCAUAAUUAAAAGAGAGAAACAUUAAUCUGCAAGGGUCAUAUAUCACUCAGAAAAUGGGAGGAAAUCAGGUUGAUGAAAAAACAGGAAAGAAUUUCAGUUAUUUGGAUAUAGAAUAGCCCUUGUGGUUUAGCGCUUCUUUUUGAUUAUAAUAAUAAUGGAUAUAGAAUGUUUCAGCAGCAUUAUGGUAACCUCGUAGAAUUUUAGACUUUGUAGAUGACAGAAAAUAAGAAAAGUACUGUAUAUUUAGACCUGAAGAAGACCUCCUUGAGAGGCUAAGAUACAGUAUACAUUACUCAUUAUAUUUUAUCUUUUUUUUUUUUCUUGUCUCCUUAUGAAUUCCUUCAUACCAUGUGUGGCAGCGCUGUAUAGCCCUUGUGGCUUAGCGCUUCUUUUUUAUUAUAAUAAUAAUAAUUCAUACCAUGUGUCCCUUCAACAGGAAGUUUCUUGAUGAAGGGGAAGGGUUCUUAAUCCAUGGAACUGAAUUUAUCUUUCAGUUCCUUGAAUCAUACCCAGUUGCUAUCCACCCCUAGAUUAUUAUUAUAAUCAAAACUAAGCUCUGAAUCACCGGGGUCAUACAGCUCUUACUCCUAGAGCACUGUAUGUUAUACGUAUUCACAAAAUCACUUGUGUAGUAUGUACUGUACUGUCUAAAGGUGCUAUCACAUUUAUUCCUUCCAUGAUAAUAACUUACAUUUAAAGGGAGAGCAGCUUGAAUUUCCUUGAUCUAGGACCCCCUCACCAGCAUUGAUGCACCCACCUUGAAGGGUUAAUGACUUAGUUAUUACAUUUAGGGUAAAGUGCUAAACUCAUAGAGGGUCAUACAGCACCAGGGAAAUGGAAGGCAGUCAGAUUGGAUCCAAGGAAGCAGAGGCAGGUCCAGUUCCUUGCAUCGAGCUCCUCACCAGCAUCAAGGACCCUCAUCGAGAUGAGGUCCCAAAAACCAUUUGUCUUCUUUCACUCCUAACAUGCCCAUGCAUGCUUGCUGGAAGUCCAAGCCCCUCGCCCACAAAACCUCCUUUACCCCCUCCAACCAUUUUGAGGACGAACUCUACCUCUCCAGAUUUAUACACCCUCCAAGUCAUUUUGUUUUGUUCCAUCCUCUCUAAAUGACCAAGCCACCUCAAUAAGUCCUCUUCAGUCCUCUGCUUUGUAACUCCAUACCUCCUAAUUUCCACAUUACAAAUUCUCUGCAUAAUAUUUACACCACACAUUGCCCUUAGACAUGACAUUUCCACUGCCUCCAGCCUCUUCCUUGCUGCAGCAUUCACAACCCAUGCUUCAAACCAAUUUAAGAAUGUUGGUACCACUAUACUCAUGUACAUGUACAUUCCUUUCUUUGCAUCCAUGGAUAACAUUUUUUGUCUCCACAGAUACUGCAAUGCACCACUCACCUUAUCUUAUUAUAUUCACAAAACAUGUUAAGCUCAUGUGCUGUCAAAAAUAAAAUCAGGUUUGAUCAAAGUUUACACAGCAGAGGUGAGAGAUUGUAGAAGGAACAUCAGCAGACAGAUAGAUAUUAUUACAUUCAUGGGUGUAAAUCUUAAACCCACAAGGAUCAUACAAUGCCCAGGGAUAUACAAAGCAAUCAGGUUUGAUCCAAGGAAGAGAUCAGAUUCAAUUCCUUAGAUCAAGAGUCCCUCAAUGGCAUUAAGGAACUUCCCUUGGAGGAAACAAGAGAGGAAAGGAAGGAUAUGAAAUGUCUCAGAUGAAAAUUACAUUAUUGUAGCAGCAACAGUUUAAUUAUGUAGUCCAUAAUUUUGAAAAGAAACAUUACUUUGCUUCAGUAAAUCCUGAACUAUUUAUUAAGUUAUGAGUGACAGAAAACAGGAAAGUCAAAAAGUUAGCUUUGGUGAAGAAGUGGGUUACAGCAUAGGAGAGGAGAAGCAAGGGAAAGCAUAGUCACAUUAAAUCACAUUCGAGAGAUUAGAACAGCGCUGUAUGACCCUUAUGGGUUUAGUGCUUGGUUAUGAUUAUAUUAAUAAUAAUCUACAGAUUAGAGCAUUUUGAUAAUAUACUGGAAAGAACAGGCAUCAAUAUAAGCAAAAUUGGUAAUUAUUUUUUUUUUAAUUUUUAUUAACACAUCGGCCAUUUCCCACCAAGGUAAGGUGGCCCGAAAAAGAAAAACUUUCACCAUCAUUCACUCCAUCACUGUCUUGCCAGAGGUGCACUUACACUGGUCAUAAAACUGCAAUAUUAACACCCCUCCUUCAAAGUGCAGGCACUGUACUUCCCAUCUCCAGGACUCAAGAUCUGACUGCCUGUUUCCCAUUAAUCCCUUCAUAAAUAUUACCCUGCUCACACUCCAACAGCACAUCAAAUCCUAAAAACUAUUUGUCUCCAUUCGCUCCUAACACACUCACGUAUGCUUGCUGAAGUCCAAGCCCCUCACGCACAAAACCUCCUUUACCCCCUCCCUCCAACCUUCUUAGGCUGACCUCUACCCCACCAUCCCUGCACUACAGAUUUAUACACUUGAAGUCAUUCUAUUUUGUUCCAUUCUCUCUACAUAUCUGAACCACCUCAACAACCCCUCCUUAGCCCUCUGGAUAAUAGUUUUAGUAUUCCUGCACCUCCUAAUUUCCAAACUACGAAUUCUCUGCAUUAUAUUCGCACCACACAUUGCCCUCAGACAUGACAUCUCCACUGCCUCCAACAUUCUCCUUGUUGCAGCAUUCACCACCCAUAUAAGAGCAUUGGUAUAAUUAUACUCUCAUACAUUUCUCUCCUUACUUUCAUGGACAAAGUUCUUUCUCUCCAGACUCCUCAGUGCACCACCCACCUUUUCUCCCUCGUUCUAUGAUCCACCUCAUCUUUCAUAGACCCAUCUGCUGACACAUCCACUCCUAUAUAUCUAAACACAUUCACCUCCUCCUUACUCUCUCCCUACAAUCUGAUAUCCUAUCUUUCAUUACCUAAUUUUUUUAUCCUUAUCACUUUACUCUUUAUUAUAUUCACUUUUAAUUUUCUUCUUUUACAUACCUUAAAACCUCUGCAACUUCUCUUCAGUAUCUCCCAAGAGCACAGUGUCAUCAGCAAAUAGCAACUGUGACAACUCCCACUUUAUAUUAGAUUCUUUAUUUUUUAACCCCACACCUCUUGCCAACACCCCAUCUAUGAAUAUAUUGAACAACCUUGUCUAAGGCCUACUUUUACUGGGAAAUUAUCUCCCUCUCUCCUCCAUACUCUAACCUAAGCCUCACUAUCCUAGUAAAAACUUUUCACUGCUUUCAAUAAUCUACCUCCUAUUCCAAACAUUUGCAACAUUGCCACAUUGCUCCUGUAGCCACCCUGUCAUGUGCCUUUUCCAAAUCCAUAAAUGCUACAAAAACCUCUUUAGCCUCAUCUAAAUACGGUUCACUUAUGUUUCAUUGUAAAAUUGGUAAUAAGCUUAAUUAUAUUUAUAAAGAAGCACUAAACCCACAGGGGGCAUACAGUGCCUGGUAAAUAGCAUGUAAUUAGGUUUGGUCUCAGAAAAGGAAGGAUAUUCUCCAGCUGUUGUUGCACUGAGAUAAUAUCCUCCCUGACAGUUUAUUGGUUUUUAAUCACUCCUCCAAACUUACUCACAUCAUUCAGUUUAGAAAGAAGAAAUUCCUAACGAAGCCAUCAGAGUUUUGUAAACUGUUGAAAAGCCUGUAUUAAUGUCUGAUCUGGAAAUUUUAAGACAUUUACCACAAGGCUCAUUCACAAUCACUGGUGCAGUCUAAACUCUUAACUGAUGGAAUGAAACAAAAUAAAAGGUGAUACAAGUAAUGACAAUUUAAUAUAUAGAUAGCAUUUUACAUUUUGAUAGAAAAGCCAAUUUUUUUAUUAAAAUUCAUAGGGACAAAUGUCAACAAUCCUUUACUAAUUUUCCUUUUCCCCUAUCACAUGAACUGUGCCAGCAUUAGGCUGUUCAAAGAUAAUUAGAAAUACUAUAUUACAGAAUAAACUCAAUACAGAGUCAUCAUUAGUUUGUUAACAAUAAUAUAACAAUGCAGUAGUAUUGUACCUCUAUAUUAUCAAUGUCAUAAUAGUAUUUUUUUCAAUGCCUCUCACAUUCUGAUAAAUGAAGUCAGUCUAAGUGGCUCUAAAAUAACAAAAAAUAAGAUGCAUGUAUUUGUCAAACAUAACUAUAAUGUGUGCCUCUCAAGUUGAGUGUUAAGCUUCUAGAAAUGUACAUGUGAAGAAACUGUGAUGAGGC